CAAGACAAUCGGUGACAAACUAGUCAACGGCUAGUCAAACCUACUCGAUUGUUCUCGAUCUCUUCACUCAAUGUUUCGAGUCUGUGGAUUCAGGUGCGCGAGGACAUGAAAAUUUCAAUUCUAAAGGAAAUAGUGGACACUUGUCGACAGGAAAAGUCGGAUAAUUGUUUCUACUAGCGGCCAGUGAAUAUCAAGAGUUCGACGAACCCGAGGGUUGUGUGUCGCUGUUUCUCUGGUGAAGGGACGAAAUCGAGUUACAAACGUGUCGAAGUAGUGUACAAGUACGACUAGUUUAGACAACCCUUCUGACAAAGUACGGCUAGAAAGUUUGAGAGAAAAAAUAGAGGAAGAAUGAAAAGUGCUGGGUGAUCAGUGACGUUUUCAGUGACAUUUUCUCCACGAGACAAAACAAUUUAUUUCUAGCUUCCAUCAAGAAACUCUGGCUUUGUGGAUUGGUUGGGACUUCAUUCAGUCUCUUCUCAGAAAUCCUCGACGGCUUUAUCGGCGCACCGGAUCCUGACGUCUUGUGGAGAUAUUAUUCUGAAGAUUCAGAAUGCUAUCGUCGGUGGAGGCAGAGUUUCACGAUGCCAAAGUAAAGGAGGAGCAGAACCACGUGGAGGCAUGUUUUGCAAAGUCAAGAAAGAAUCGAAUGGGCGAUGAUAGCGAUUUCAUACCAAAGAAAAAUCCAUAUCACAGCCAAGUGUACGAGGACACAUUCAAAAAAUCCGUGGAAUCUCCGGAGGAAUUCUGGAGUGAAAUAGCAGAAUGCGUAGAAUGGAACAAGCCUUGGGACAAAGUUCUCGACAAUUCGAAUCCACCCUUCACAAAGUGGUACGUGGGCGGUGAAAUAAAUGCCUGUCACAAUGCAGUCGAUCGCCACGUGAAAGCUGGAAAUGGAAAGAAAAUAGCCCUCAUACAUGACAGCCCGAUGACAUUGUCAGUGCGAAAAGUAACGUACGACGAACUCCUGGAGAAGACGUCGCGACUCGCCGGUGCUUUAGCUGAUAUGGGGGUGCGGAAAGGUGAUCGAGUGCUCAUUUACAUGCCACUAAUUCCUGAAGCUGUAAUUGCUGUACUUGGAACAGCUAGGCUCGGGGCGGUUCACUCCGUUGUCUUUGGUGGUUUCGCACCGAGGGAAUUGGCAACGAGAAUUGAUCAUGCCGAACCCAAAGUUAUUAUUGCAGCCAGUUGUGGAUUAGAGCCUAUGAAAGUUAUCAAGUACACAAAAAUGGUUGAGGAGGCAUUAGAAUUAAUUUCCGUGAAAAAACCAAAGUGCAUCGUGUACCAACGGACAGAUGUUUGGGAGGCGCCUUUAUCUAAUGGCCAGGAGGAUUUCGAGGAGUUGUUGAAUAGAUCUGAACCCCAUCCAUGUGUUCCCAUCGAGGCAAACCAGCCCCUCUAUCUUCUCUACACGUCCGGAACAACGGAUAAGCCGAAGGGAGUUCAGAGACCUGUUGGUGGACACAUCGCGACACUGUGCUGGACCAUGAAGAUUCUCUAUGGGAUGGAUAAAAAUUCCAUCUGGUGGGUGGCGUCGGAUCUCGGUUGGGUCGUUGGAUUGUCAUAUAUCUGCUAUGCUCCUCUGCUUUAUGGCAUCACGAGUGUCAUGUUUGAGGGCAAACCUGACAGAACACCUGAUGCUGGACAGUAUUUUAGGGUAAUUGAGGAUUAUGGAGUUAAUGCAUUAUUCACUGUACCCAGUGUAUUUAGGGUUCUUCGGAGGACAGAUCCAGACACAUUAUUGGGGAGAAAAUAUUCCACGAAAACUUUGAAGGUGGUUUUCGUGGCUGGUGAACACUGCGAUUACGAGUCGAAAAUUUGGGCGGAGAAGGUGUUCAAAGUGCCAAUUUUUAAUCACUGGUGGCAAACGGAGACAGGUCACGCUAUCACCGCUACUUGUCUAGGUCUCGGUCAGGCAGUAAAACCACCACAAUACACCACAGGAAUGCCUUUUCCCGGUUACGAUGUUCACAUUCUGAGGGAGGACGGGAGUACGGCAUCACCACGUGAACUCGGAAGAAUUGCCGUCAAACUACCACUACCUCCUGGGACUAUGUCGACGCUGUACAAAGCGCCUGACAGAUUCAAGGAUACUUAUUUCUCAAAAUAUCCGGGAUAUUACGAUACUAUGGAUGCGGGGUAUAUUGAUGAGUAUGGGUACGUGUAUGUUACCGCGAGAGACGACGAUGUUAUCAAUGUUGCGGGGCACAGGCUCUCGACAUCUGCCAUCGAGGACGUGGUUCUUGGACAUCCUGACGUGGUCGAUGCCGCUGUCGUCGGUGUUCCCGAGCACACCAAGGGAGAAAUCCCCUUGUGUCUUUACGUCAUGAAGAAUGAUCCGAGGAAAAAUGAAGAGGAGGUGACCCAGGAUCUGUUGAGGCAAGUACGGCAAUUAAUUGGACCCAUAGCGUCCUUUAAACUAGCUGCAGCUGUCAAAGGGCUUCCGCGAACUCGCUCUGGGAAAAUCAUUCGAAAAUCCAUCGCUGACUUGGCCCGAUCGAGAAUAGUAAAAAUGCCUAGUACGAUAGAAGAUCCUACUGUUUACAUCGACAUUAAGAGAGCCCUUCAGAAAUUGGGAUACGCCAAGUCCGGGCAAGUGUACGAUAAUUAAUUUAAACAAUAGCGUAAAUUACUAUAAUGGCAAUAAUGAAUAACCGUCUGUCUGUAUAAAAUGUAUUUUUAUUCCGCUGUUAUCCUGAGGCAUGUAACAACAGUACGAUUCACAAUGUUAAAGACAGAAAUUCACUUUUAAUAAAAUCAGUGUUUGUUCCUUUUC